AUGCCAUCUGCUGCUGCUGUCCUGUUACUUCGAAUCAGGCCGAUCAAAAUACUCUCAAAGGAAUUUGCUACCAACAAGAAAUAUAAGCCACCCGAAUAUACUACGGAAGCCUACGAUAAAAAUGAGCCAAAAAACAGGUACAAUGACAUUAUUUGUAUCGAUUCAACGCGUGUCGUUCUGAAAGACAGACCGUCGGAUGAUGAUUAUAUUCACGCAAGCUGGAUGACAAUGCCCGACCAAUUUAAGUACAUAUGCACGCAG